GUUCAUCGUUUUCUUUCCAACAAUCGACUCCAUUAAAAUAUCCCUUGUAAAAAAUACAAAUAUUUCUUAUUUAAAUCCACAUAAAAUCAGUAAAAUUUAUGUUUAAAAUAAACACCAAUCAUCAACAAUUCCAUUGAUAUCAAAUUCUUGAUAAACAAAUUUAUAUUUUGUGUGUUUUGAUAAAUAAUAAAAUAACACAAAAAUACGCCUCAAGUGAAGAAAAAAAAAUGUUCAUUACCAGAGUCUCCAAAGAUACGGCAUAAGAAAAAAAUAGUAAAAUAAAACACUACUAACCGAGUGGAGAGUUACAUACAUAAUUAUGGCGGAUAUGUCAAAUAUUUUAUUGCAGUGGCAUUAUUGAUUUGGUUGGAUUAAAAUUUUUAUCAACUCUUGGUUUUUUUUUCUUCUUUUUUCUCAAUCAAAUAUCAUCAGAGUGUAAUUGUGCAGUGGAUUAUAGAUUUAUCAAUAAUCUAAUUAAAAUAAAAGAAAAAAAAACUGAAAUAAAAUUGAUAAACGCGUAGUAAAUGGGCGUACAUUAAUCUCGCACACCAACGAAGUUACAAGGAACGCUGUUUCUGCUGCUUCUCUUUGCUACUCUAAAGUGCCUUUUUCUUUGCUCAUUAUAAGAUUCCUCAAACUUCUAUAAAAAUAACAGUAUUACUCUCAACAUGUUUUCUUUGGACUUCGUAUUAAAAUAAAACGAAUACUUUCAAUAUCGCAUGUCAACAUUAAUGAUAAUUUAAUUUAAUUUUACUACACAAAAUGCUACUGCAUUCGAAGCAACAACAAUAACAAAUUCAAUAGCCAAUCCAUACUCCAAAUCAAUCGUUAUAAAGAUGUCAACUAAAGCAUUAAUAAGUUCAAUCAUGGGGAAGAAAACAAAAAUUUAGUACAAUUUACAUUUAAUUAAAACUCGAAAAACAAUCUCAGUCAGCGUUAUUAUUCAAUUUGAUUUGAUUUCUUAAAAACAUCGCAAUUCUUUGGGGGUCACGUCAAUUACAAUAAAUUUGAGAGUUUUUUUUUAUACAUUCAUAAAAAUACACAGCAUUCAACCUUAUAUUGAAUAAGAACAGUCAAAAUGACGGUCGAUUUCAACGAUUACUUUUGGGGUGAGAAGAACAAUGGUUUUGAUGUUCUUUAUCACAACAUGAAGUUCGGUGUUGUGGCUAGUAAAGAACUAUCAGAGUUUUUUCGAGAGAAAUCGAACAUUGAGGAGCAAAAUUCUAAAUUAAUGACCAAACUAGCUCACAAAGCUGGUUCGGGAACUUUAAAUAGUACAUUUGCUCCAGUAUGGACGAUCUUACGUACAUCAGCAGAGAAACUAUCCGCUUUGCAUCUACAAAUGGUUCAAAAGCUAACUGAGUUGGUUAAAGAUGUUGCUAAGUAUGCCGAUGAAUUACAUAAAAAACAUAAACUGGUCAAAGAAGAAGAAUCCCAUACGCUGGAAUGUGUGCAGGCAAUGCAAUCAUCUACAGCUGCUGUACAAAAAUCGAAGGAUUUGUAUACAACCAAAGUAUUGGAGUUGGAGAAGUUGCGAAAGGACAAUGGCUCACCGAAGGACAUUGAAAAAGUCGAAUCAAAGUUGAAGAAAUUACAGGAGGACUAUAAAGUUCUUUUGGAUAAACACAAUCCGAUUAAAACUGAAUUCGAACGUAAAAUGACACAGACUUGCAGAAGAUUUCAGGAAAUCGAAGAGGUUCACCUGAGACAAAUGAAGGAGUUUUUAUCGACUUACUUAGAAUUGGUGCAGAACAAUCACGAUAUGGUUGGACAGGUUCACUCUGACUUUAAACGUCAAUUCCUCGAUAUGACUGUAGAUAAGCUGCUUGAACAGUUUGUUUUAAAUAAAUAUACCGGUCUGGAGAAGCCUGAAAUAUCCGAACUCCCGUUCAUUACCUUAUCGACGCAACCCACUUCUUCGACAAGUUCGCAUUUAAAUAUCUCCAAUCGACCAAUAUCACCUGCAAAUCUCACAGAUACACAACAACAACUACAGCAACAACACCAAUUACCAAAACAACAACAACAACCACAUCAACAACAGCAACAACAACAAGUGAAUUUGGAUGUUCUUACAUCAUCGGACAUUGGUGGGUCUAGCCUCAACAGUGAGAUCGUCAGUGGUAGCAGACUAUAUCUGUCCACAACAAAACCAGAUUCUGAUCCAAAGAGCCAAUACUCUUCGGCAGAGCGUAGCAUCGAAAAUAUCGAAAACAUUUCGCGAGCCUUAUCACCAGAGCCCAUUCAAACAACAACCAUUAGCACUACAGCCACUUCGGUGAAAUCAAACAUCCGCAGUUGGUUCAGCAUUCCAUCGACGAAACAUUCCACAAGUAACACAACUAGUACAUGCAAUAACAACUCCUCCUCCUCUUCAUCUAAUGCAAAUAAAUUAACUAAUGGGAACUUUGGUACGGACACUAACUCCAGCUCGAGUAUAAACAAUUCCCAAAGUGCUAACCAUUCCAACAGUCCUUCCCAACAACUGGACAAUUCCAAUACCAACAUCAUUCAAAGUUCAUUUAUAUCGUCAGCAUUGACUCAACUGUCUGAGCAAAAUUCAGCAUCUUCUUCUUCGGUUCCAAAACGCCAUCAAGAAUCUCAGCAACAAGAGCAGCAAACCAACGAACGACAGCAACAACAACCGCAGCGUCGAACGACUUCCCUGCUAAAUAUUUUCUCCUCCAAUUCUCAGGUUUCAGGAAUUCUAAGAAGUCGAAGAGAGAAGACCAAAACGAAAAAACUUAAAAAGAAAAAGGAACUCGAAGCUGGCGAUGGUAAUAAGGAGGAACGAAAUGUUGUCGAAGAAAAGGACCACUUGCAAGACGUUGAACAAAAUAAAGUACAAAAGUCAUCAUCAGCGACAGUGGCCAUUCCAGUUAUUCCCGGUGUUGUACCAACUGCUGCUCCUGAAGUUGACGAAGAUGGUUAUAGUAUUCAGCCACAAAAAGAAGCUGCCUGGGAAGAUAAUCCUGAAAAUGCGGGUAGUUUCUAUUCUGACUCCGACUCAGAUUCAGAUAAUGAUAAGCCUGAUAAAAAAAUCCACGUCAAAAUAAAACCACUUAACAAUGGUACAGCUCCAAUGUCGGCCAGUGUUGAUGAACUACGAGCGACUGUGGGGAAUAUAUCACUUUCACCAGUGGGAAUUUUUUCGCACAGUCAACAGUUAGAACAAUCCAGCAUUGCAUCACGCCAACAAAGUCCAGAAGUAUCAAAUGCAUCAACACCGACUGCUACAGUGCAUCCCUAUGCACCACUCCAAAGUCCUACUCUAUCAAUGUCCAACAACUCGAGAUAUGCCGACUUGGGCGACAUAUUCUCUGAAGUUGGUGAAAUCAGUGCAUCUGCUCCUGCUUCCGCUACAAUAUCAAAGUCUGUAAGCCGCCAAAUACCAACACCGACAUCAGCCAAUAGCAUAGCAAUACCUCGUCCGCCCUCUCGACGCUCCGAAAUGGCUCCACGAGGGCGAAUCAGUCCGUCAUCGAUGUCACGAGCCGAUAGCGUCGGCAGUAUGGAAUUCCGAAUGGGCGUUGGGCAUGGUUCAUCAAGAGGCCCAUCACCUCUUACUAUUGGCAUAUCGGAUACGAUACCCCUCGCUGUGGCCUUCCAUGAAAUUAUUCAUGCUUACUUUAGGGGUACCGAUGAAUCGAGGUGUCAAGUGAAAAUAACUGGUGAUAUGAUGUUGUCCUUUCCUGCUGGCAUAGCCGGUGUCUUGGCCAACAAUCCCAAUCCAGCUAGAUUGGGUUUUCGUAUGAAAAAUAUAAAUAACCUUGAAAACAUUGUUCCCAAUCAAGAACUAGUCCAAGUUGAUCAUAGUCAAUCGGAUAUGGUAAGCACAGUUCUUGAAUUCAAUAUGACUGCUUUGACGGCAAAAUUACGUCGCCAAUCUGAACAAAGCCCGUCUGCUGCUUACUUCAAUGUGGAAAUACUAAAAUACCAGGUGCGCUCGAAACCAGGUGCUUCAUCGUGUCCUUUCCAAUUGGUUAGCUAUUGGAAAUGUGAACCAACGUAUACGGCCCUGAAAAUUGACUACAAGUACAAUAAUCAUGCGAUGGCAGUUGCCACUCCAUUACUCAAUGUAACACUGUCAGUACCGGUAAAUGGAUCUGUUCGAAAUGUACAAUCAAAGCCACAUUCGGCGUGGCUUGGUGAAUCAAAUCGUUUGGUAUGGAACUUUACCGACAUAUCCCAAAAUUCACAAGGCGGUGGUGUUGGAACUCUUCGCGCUCGAUUAGAACUAAAUGAUGGCCCAUCCACACCUAACACUAUGACUACGCAGUUCAAUUGCGAAGGCACCACCUUGUCUGGAAUUGAGUUUGAACUAAUUGGCAAUGGCUAUCGACAGUCGUUGGUAAAACGAAGAUUUGUAUCAGGUAAAUACAUCUGCGAAGGAGAUGGAAUUCGAAGUGGGGCUACACCGACUCCACCAUCAGUUGGCUCAUCUAGUCCUUAUUCGGCGAAAUCAAAUUGAAAUAAAGAAUAAGGAAUAAGCCACAAUUAUUAUUACAAUAUGCUGCAAACUUGUGAGCUACAAUAUAAAGUAUGUGUGGGAACGAUAAUAAACGAACAAACAUGAAAUACAAUUCCAAGACUUGGAGAAAAUUUAUGUUAUUGUUA